AGCAAUAAAGCACUACUGGCCUUCAAGCAGUGCAAGGGCUUCCGCGUGAAGGGUCGAUUGAGCCCGAAUCAGACAAGCGAAUCCUCCCGUGAGCUUCCCUGAGGCGUCUCGGCACACACCGGCGACCGCACACGACAUAGAGCCAGCAACGAAGGCCGCGUCCGCAUUAAGCUUAAGAGCUCCUUUCUCCGGCGGCGUCCAGAUCGCAGGUGAGAUCCCUUCUCGUUCUUGUUUUUUUCUUUCGAUUCGCGCGGCAAGUUUUGAUAUCUUCGUGCAAGGCUAUCGCUUCAUUAUCAGUCGCUUGCGGGUCCGGUGAUUUGCCUCUAAAAAUCGCACUUUUUCUCGCCUUCCACCGGAACCAGAGUGCUUCGGAAACGAGCUCGAGACACGGCAAGGCUAGGACAAAGGAGAAAGAGGUGUUCUGGUGUUUGGGGGGGCGUCUUACACACUGGGCACAGUGGGUCAGGAAAUUUCGUCAGCCCUUCCCACGAUUCUUUGGCUCGUCCAUAAAUACUCCAAAAUUGCAUGCAUUAGACACUACUCUCUUACAUCUCUCUCCUCAUUAUUCAAGUCGAUCACUACACUCUAGCUCCCAAAGAUGGCAAAGAGAAAAUAUUCGGAUGGACCAGCGGCGUCCACUAGUAGAGGCGAUGUCGAGUCGUCGCUGGGGGCUGAAUACGAGGUGUUCUUGAGUUUUAGAGGGCUCGACACUCGCCGGAAUUUUGCUGACUGCCUCUAUCAUGCCAUGGAUGGAGCUGGCAUUUGUGUUUUUAGAGAUGACGAAGAGAUUAGAAAAGGCGAAGAGAUCGGAGGCGAACUGAAACGUGCGAUCGAGAGCUCCUCAAUCUGUAUUCCCAUCUUCUCUAGAAACUAUGCUGUCAGUGCGUGGUGUCUUCGCGAGCUUGCAUACAUGGUGUAUCGCAAAGCAAUGAUUCUGCCGGUCUUCUUCGACUUGGAACCCAGAGAUGUCAAGCUUAAAACUGAGGUGUACCAGGAUGCUCUGCAGAAGCACAAGGAGAAGUACGGCUGUGAGGUCGUGCAGCGAUGGAAGGAGGCUCUGGAGAAGGUCGCUGGUAUGAGUGGAUGGGAUCUCAAAAAUACUGGUCAUGGCGAACUCAUUAAAUUAAUCGUUGCUGAAGUUUCGAUCAAGCUGAAUAAAAGAGACAAAAAGCUGCCGGAUCAGUUAGUCGGAAUUCAGUGUUGUGUUGAAGAUGUCAUGCGCCUAAUAGAUGAAGGUUCUCCUGAUGUACGUUAUCUAGUAAUCCACGGAAUGGGGGGCAUCGGUAAGACGACUCUUGCCAAGAUCGUCUUUAACCAAAUUCAUAGUCAAUUUCAUGGGUGUAGCUUUCUUUCAAAUGUUCGAGAAGCUUCAAAGGGCAGCAAAGUAGUUCAAUUGCAAAAACAAUUAUUGUCAGAAAUUCUCAACUCCAAUCCACCGGAGUUUUAUGACUCUGAUGCAGGGAUUUACCAAAUUAACAUGAGAUUCCGCCGCAAGAAAGUCCUUAUUGUUCUCGAUGACCUAGAUGAAAGGGAGCAACUCUCAAAUCUUGCAGAAAAGCCAGAUUGGUUUGGUAUAGGAAGCAGAAUUAUCAUUACAACAAGGGACACCAACUUUUUGCAAAUUGGAGAGGAGAUCCAAGAAAAUAAUGUCCAAACGCAUUUUGAAGAGUUUAUAAUCUAUCAAAUGAGAGAAUUGCGUCAUAGGCAUGCUCUUCAGCUUUUUUGUAAGCAUGCUUUCAGAAUGGACUCCCCUCCACGUGACUACGAUGAUAUUUCUCGUGAGAUUGCUCUCAAAGCUAGUGGACUUCCUUUGGCUCUCGAGGUUAUCGGUUCCUCUCUCUAUCGCCAAAGUAAACGACUUUGGAAAGACACGUUGAAGAAAUUAAAUGCGGUUCCAGAUCAAAAAGUCCUUGACAAAUUAAAGAUUAGCUUUGAGAUGCUAGACAAUGCACAGAGAGAUAUUUUUCUUGAUAUUGCAUGUUACUUUAUAGGUGAAAACACAAUCUAUCCACAUUAUAUGUGGAAAGCGUUGGAAUUUUACCCAAGAAGUAACAUCAUUGUCCUUACUCGUAAGUCUAUGAUAAAGGUUGAUAAUGAUGAUAGAUUGUUAAUGCAUGACCUGCUCAGAGACCUUGGAAGAGAUAUUGUUCGACAGGAAGACAAAGUUCCUAGGAAACAUAGUCGACUAUGGUGUCCCGAGGUUUCAUUGGAAGUACUGCAGACUAGAAUGGGAACAGAGAACAUCACAGCACUCAAACUAACUGGACUUCCAAAAGAGCAUGACUUUACAAAUGAAGAGUUUUCAUGGCUACCUAGCUUAAGGUUGUUGGAACUAGAGGGGGGUAACUUGGCAGGAGACUUUAAGAAUCUUCUCUCGAGUUUAAAAUGGCUCUCCUGGCGUCGUUGCCCUUCAGACUUGCAGGCGGUCAAUCUAUGUUUACUGAACUUAGUUGUGCUCAAGCUUUCGGACAGCGAAAUUCCCGAGAAUUGGAAUGGAUGGGGUCCAUGCUUGGCAAAUUGUGACUUGAAAGUUAUACAUCUCAUGAGAUGUCAUCUCUCGAUAGCUCCCGACUUCUCAACGUGCUUGAAUUUGAGGAUAUUGGUUUUUGCUGAACAUUGUCCAGCGUCACCACAAAUUGGUAGCUCUAUCAGUAAGCUAGAGCGCCUCAAGCGCUUGGAAGUAAUUGCAGCCAGAGGUCAGUCGUCAAAGUUGUCUGGGAGCCCCCAUUUUGACAUGUGCGUAGUGCUGCCUUCUGCAAUAUGCCGUCUAAAGUACCUGUCAAGUCUAAAGCUAGAGGGGCAGUGUAUGCAAGAGCUUCAUCCAUCUAUUGGAGAGAUAGCGGGCUUGAAGUGCUUGUCUUUAGUGCAUUGUUAUCGGCUUAGAAAGCUUCCAGACUCCAUUGGGAAAUUGAGAUCAUUGCUCGACUUGAAUUUGUUCAACACAAGAAUCAGAGAGUUACCCGAUUCUAUUGCAUAUCUCAAAAGGUUGGAGAAAAUGAACCUGGGAUACACUCGAAUAAGGGAGCUACCAAACACCAUUGGAGAACUAGAAUCAUUGCUCGAGUUUGACUUGCAGUAUACUAAGAUUAUAACAUUGCCUGCUUCUAUCGGAUAUCUUAAAAGACUGCGGCGCUUAUUUAUGGUUUUCAGUAAGAUAAGGGAGUUACCUAAUUCUAUUGGAGAUCUCAAAAGGUUGGAGGUAAUGAACUUGAGAAGCACUCAAAUAAGGGAGCUACCAAACUCCAUCGGAGAACUAGAAUCAUUGCUCCGCUUAGACUUGAAGGCUACGAAGAUUACAGAACUGCCUGCUUCUAUUGGAUAUCUUAAAAAGCUGCAACACUUAGAUAUGUACGGGAGUAAGUUACGAGAAUUGCCGAAGGCCAUAGAGAUGUUGGAGAAUCUUGAAAUGUUGACAUACCCCGGUUGUAGAAAUACAGAUAUCACAUGGCCUCCUAAGCUUUCGCAACUUUACAUACAUGAUGAUGAUCCUCGAUCUCUCACCUGGCCUCCUCAGCUUUCGAGACUUUCCAUAUCUUGUGAUGAUCCUCAAUCUGUCCAAAGUCUUCCUUUAGGUCUUCGUUAUUUGAUAUUAGAAGGUGUCAAGUCACCGAUAAAACAGUUACUCCUCUCCGAAUUGAGAUAUUUGCCCGAGUUAGUACUCUCUAAAUGGGGAUUGAGAGAGAUCGAGUUUGAACAGCUAGAGAAUCUCCAUUGUUUAAGGGUGUGGGAGUGUGAAUUGCUGGUGAGGCUAUCAGGUCUAUCACGGUUAGGGAAGCUCGAAGAGCUACAAAUCCGUUCUUGCUCACAGCUAAUUGAGAUUCGAGAUUUGGAAGAAAUAGUAUCGCUGGAGAGAUUAUAUAUUGAUGAAUGUAGCUCUUUAGAAAGGUUAACUGAUCUAUCAAAACUACACAAGUUGCGGAGUUUGUCCAUAAAUCAAUGUGAAUCACUGCAAGGUUUGCCUGAUUUACCAAAGUUACUAGAGGUAUUAUCAAUUGAGAAUUUGAGCUCUAUAGAAAGGUUACCCGAUCUAUCAAAACUACAUAAGUUGCGGGACUUGUGUGUAAGUCACUGUAAAUCACUGCAAGAUUUGCCUGAUUUACCAAACUCACUGGAGAAAUUAUCAAUCGGGAAAUGGAGUUCCAUAGAAAGGUUACCUGAGCUAUCAAAACUGCUUAAGUUGCGGAGAUUGCACCUCUUUCACUGUAAAUCACUGCAUGGUUUGCUUGCUGUAACAAAAACUUGUCAUCGCGAUGUUCAUGCGUGCCCAAUGCUAGGCGAGUCUCGUGACGUUUGCGAAUUUUGGCGAUUGUGUGAGAAAUCCAACCCUGGCCUAUCUUCAAGGAGGCGAAUUAUGUGGGUGUGACACUAGGGAACAUUGAGGAGCACAAAGCAUUUUUUUGAUACUUUAUAUAAGUUCGUUUACCUGCAAGGGACAUCUGAAACCACGUGUGAGUACACCUCCUUUUUAAGGUUCAUAGACUUUUUUAGCUCUUUUUAGAUGUAGAGUCAGUCUACUGCGUAAUUGAUAAUUUCAGGGCUUGGAUUUUCCUGAAUUUCUCUCGGUUUGUGUGAUGAACUCCUGGCAUAAUGUAUUAUUAGCUAGACAUCAUAGAGUAGGGUAUGAUUUCACCUCGCUGGAUGAGAAACAGAACUUUCAUCCUAGAUUCCUAUGAUUCUGAUGAAUUAUAUAGUUGAUGCUGUAAAACUCGUUUUAUAGUUUUUGAUUUGAUGCUUCAAGUUCAGUGAAUAAGUGGUUGAAGUAUGUAGAAUUAGCAUUUUUGUCAUGGAUGAAAAGCUUGAAAACUACAACCUAUGUCCGCAUGAAGAUAUAGGGUACUCUAAACAUUGUGGAACGCUAAAAUAGCAAUAUGAACAGUAACCAGUUCACCAUACGAUUAGAAAGCGUUUACACAUUUUUGAAAUCUUGGAAACUAACUUGGAUGAAUGAUCAUAGUAACAUUAAAUAAAAUGUUGCUCAAACUCAUAAUCUUGCAACAAGAACUGGCAAAAGAAACUUUCUAUGUUACAAAGUGAGUGAUGGUGGAUGAAUACCUGGAGCUCUAUCACGAUCCAAGUUAUUGGACAUACUUUGUUACAGAUGAAUCUUGUUGGAAAAUUUGAAAUUACACAGAAGUAUGGUGUUUGAUAUCAAUGAUAGUUUGUGUUUUGAUGCGUGCAAGUGUACAUGCGUGUAGGAUAUUUUUGGGAGAGGAUGGACAAGGGACUAGGUAGGAUAGUUCAAGCAUAUAGGGUUAUAGGCAAUGGGAUAUAGAAAAUAUUGUUUCACUAGUUUAACAUAAUGGUGUGACAUAGCUGGAGGAGAAGUUGUUGGUGUCGGUGGAGGAGUACAAGGGUAUGUAGGCCAUCUGAGCUCUACUUCCCACGCCUAGUACAUGAAUGACUCCCUCCCUAUUUAUAGAAGAGUUUCACCAACUUCAAGCACAACAAAUUUGACUUGUUCCACCGCCAUAGCAAUGUUUUGGACUUCUCUUUAUAGCUAUCAUUUCUUGCAACUCACGUCCGUCUAGAGUUCUCUAGAUUGGACUAGAGAUUUCUUCGUAAAAAAUGGAUCACAAUUGUCAAAGUAGAUGAGGUACCUCCGAAUUGGUAGCUUGAUCAUUAAAACUAUCUUGGACUAAUGAACUGCAUGAUCACGAUCUUAAUGUGUAAGGCAAUUCAUGGUGAGAUGAGAGGAGAAAGUCCUUGUAAUUCUUGACAUGAUUCUUCUUGGAGAAGAACUAAUUCCUUUUAAUGUUUAGCUCUUGUACUCUCAAUACUCUACAUUCAAUUAAGAGAGAAGAACAACCAAAAAUCAUUUAGAUUUUCCCUCUUAAUUGCUUGAGUCAAAUAUAAGGCGAGGGGCUUUUACUGCAAUUGGUUUAGAGUAUUCAUCUGAUAUGCUUGGUUUCUUCCAUGUCAAGCAGGAUUCUCUUUCUAAAAUUAAUGGAAUGAUGCCCUCCAAGUUACUUUCAUUAUUCAUUAUUUUUGGAAAAUAAUAUUCUAUCAAAGUGUUUGCUUACUUGACAUCAACUUGUCGGCCCGUUUUCACAGUAAAAACUGCAAGCUUAAUCAUUUAGUCGUCUGGGAUUUAUUUUUUCAGUCGAUCAAAGUUGUUUGAAUGUCUCAGCACUCGUAUUAGUUUCAACUAAUGAGUCGGUCACAUAUUAUUUACUUCGCUCUU